AUGUUGUAUUCCGCUAAUGGCUUCGCUGAAGCACACCGACGAGCAUCGACUGCCGAAGAGAACGAGUUUCUCCGUGAGCUCCUGUAUGAUGGCAAUUUCGCAUCGCCACGACAACUGCAGUCCUCACCAGCGACGUCGCUCGAAGAAGGUUUCGAGAGCAACAGUGACCCAAAUUCGCCAUCGGGACCCCUCAAGCGCAGCAGUCAAGAAAUGGACGUCUCGUUCUCGCAAAUUUGCUUCGACAACCAGCCAUACGUCACGCGCAUGCAGUCGCAAUCGAGCAAUAGCUGCGCAGACCUGUCGGUGUCGGUGCCAGACCAUUCGCCGCGUUCAGCGGCUAGUGCCACUGCCAUUGUCUCGCCGCCACGCGUCUUCGUGCAGGAGUUUGCUUAUCUUUCACAGCCGUUUUUCCACGACAAGUUGCCAAGCGAUACCGACAUGCGUGAGAUGAGACCCGAGACAGCGACGGUGUCUUUCCUGACGUCGUGCUUCCCCCCGGCUUCACUACCGAUGCUAUCGAUGCCACCGUAUAAGAAGACGAAGACGUUGGCUGUCACCACUUCGACAAGCAACGAGAAACAACAAGUGCGCUGCAUAUACCCGGACUGCCCGAAUCUACGUCGAUCAGCAGGAUUCUGCAAUCGUCACAGCGGCAAGAUGUGCAGCAUGUCAGGUUGCAUGAAGUCCGCCUUGAGUCGCGGAAAGUGUCCCGAGCACGGUGGCGGGUCGCGUUGCAAAAACGUCGGGUGCUCUAAGUUUGCCCAGACCCGCGGACUAUGCAAAUCCCACGGCGGCGGCAGGCAGUGCAAUGUCAGCGGCUGCACGAAGAACGCACACCAAAACCGAUUGUGCCGCUCGCAUGGUGGUGGUAAGCGGUGCGAUUACACUGGGUGCCCCAAGUGGGCACAGCGUUCAGGGUACUGCUGUGCUCAUACCAAGAUGAGCUCCAGCAGCGAUGCCAUACCAAGUGUCGAUUCCCAACAUACAGACGCCAGCAUGCCCGCCUCUGCACCAUCGCCAACCUGGUUGUCUCCGCACCGUCUGUUUUCGUUACGCCCGUAA